UCGUCAGCCAAUUCCUGUCUGGAGUGUCUGACCGCCGGUGGGCGAGUGGGGUGUGUCUGCAAGCGGAGAGAGCGUGUGAUUCAGACUCCUUGUACACAACACGACUCGAGUGAGAAUAAAAUGCUGCAAAAUCUGAAAUUGACACGACUCAGAGUCUAGCAGUAAUCUGACACUUGUUUGUUCGCCAGUUCGGAGAGAGACUGCCUGGAACCAUGAAGAAAUCGAGCCCGGCAAAGCAACAACCACCACCACCACCUCCGGCUGAAGUCACCGUGCCAGAUAACGAGGUUACUGUGCAACAACUGAACGAGCUUUUGUCAAACAGCAGCGGAUUUUACAGUUUACCAACACAGCAUUUCAACGAGGUCUUCCCUAGGAUAUACGUUGGUAACGCGUUUGUGGGCCAGAAUCUGAUGCGUCUGCAGAAGCUGGGCGUGACCCACAUCCUGAACGCGGCGGAGGGCAACUCCUUCAUGCACGUCAACACCAACGCAGAGUUCUAUGCUGGCUCGGGCAUCACCUACCACGGCAUCCAGGCCAACGACAAGCCUCAGUUCAACCUCAGUACAUUUUUUGAGGAGGGGGCGGACUUCAUUGAGAAGGCUCUGGCACACAACAAUGGCAAAGGGAAGGUGUACGUCCACUGCCGAGAGGGCUACAGCCGCUCGCCCACCAUUGUCAUCGCUUACCUCAUGCUGCGCCACAAACUGGACGCCCGGGUGGCGGUUGCCACGGUGAGGCUGAAGAGAGAGAUCGGCCCCAAUGACGGCUUUCUGCGCCAGCUGUGCCAACUCAACGAGAAGCUGGCAAAAGAGGGCAAGUUGAAUGGGGUGAUGCCAGUUGUGGCUGCCAGGUUAAAGACAAAGUAAGAGAGGGAGAGAGACCCAACCCCUCCUAUUCUACCUUCCAUAGGAGACAACCUGACUCAAUCCAUCCUGACCGGCAAACGUCUCACACACAUGCACACACACAUAUAUGUAACAUACAUGCAUACACUGUACAUACAUUGUGACAGUCACACAAUAACUCUCUCUCACACACACAAACUCUCUUCUAUCUGUCAUGCUGCCGUCCUCUUUCUCACCUUCUCUCUGUCUCUCGCUCUCUGUCUCUCGCUCUGCUGUUGUCCUUGGGUACAUUUGUCUAAACCUCAGCCUGUUCCGAUAGUGGGGGAAGUAUGUUGGGGGCAUGCAGGCAUCCUUCUAACCCUGGCUCAGUGCUUUACAGUUACUCUGUCACCCAUCUUCUCUCUGUAGAUUCCAUAAGCAUACGGCCCACAGCUGGCACACACAGCCCCAAAGUUCCCUGAGUGUGAUGUUUUGACUUGACCAAUGAAGCAUUCCCUAGACCAUAGGUUUAAAACACUGAACAUUUCUUUCUGUGUUCAACUUUUGGAGCUCUGAGGUCGGAAGAGUUGUACAAAUAAUAUAUUAUAGCACAAUCAUUAAACAGAAUCCCACUGCCGGGACUGUCAGACUACAAUGAUGUCAUGACACCAAAAAAAUGAUCUCUGACCAGUCUGGAAUGUUUUGGGACAUUUUGGUUUAGACUACAUUUUGGUUUAGACUAUUCCUGAUUGGGUGUGACAAUGAAGCACCCUGACAUCACACAAGGAAGUGACAUGGGUAGUGUUGGGUGGGCUAAUUUGGUGUAUAAAAAAUAAAAAAAACAUUCCAUAGAGACUGGCUCCCCAAGAUGUCAUACACACACACACACCCAUCAUGUCUAAGUAGAAGCAAGCAGCAGCACAAUUUCUUUUUUGUGCAUUUACAGGGAUGGAUCCUAUUUACAAAGGAAAAUGCACUUACCAUGCCAGACAGGUACCCACUGCCAAUUCCAAAGUGCACAUCCGUCGUUGUGUACAUCCCAUAGAUAUACAGCUCAACUGUCAAUCAAUGCCACAAUUGGCCCUUAUAUGUCCACUGCCUUGAACCAAUAUGUGCAUACUAAUGUUAUGCCAAUUUGGAGGUGAAAUCCCAAGGCUUUUCUGUUUGUCUGUAUUAGUACAUUGCGGUAUACUGUAUGUCUCAAUGCCCUGCCAUCCUAUUGAAGUAUAUAUUUAAGCAAUAAGGCACGAGGGGGUGUGGUAUAUGGCCAAUAUACCACGGCUACUGGCUGUUCUUUCGCACGAUGCAACCCAGAGUGCCUGGAUAAAGCCCUUAGCCGUGGUAUAUUAGCCAUAUACCACAAACCCCCUAGGUGCUUUAUUGCUAUUAUAUACUGGUUACAAACACAAUUAGAUCAGUCAAAAUAAAUGUGGUAUACGGUCUAAUAUACCACGUAUUUCAGCCAAUCAGCAUUCAGGGAUCGAACCACCCAGUUUAUAAUAUAUGAUCAGAACCAAGAGCGAAACGUCUCAGAAAUGAUUAUAACCAGUGUUGCAUAUGAAUUGAGAUGAAUUGUGGUAGGCUCCACAGCUUUCUGAAACAAUUUCUGUCUUUAAACGACAUUAGAAUCAAUGGAAAGACCAAAGGCUCCAGGCAAGCUCACAAGACAACUAACCAUUAGGGGGGGUUUACCCCUCAAAUGUCCCUGUUGCAUCCGGAGUUGUCUUUGACUUAACUUCAUGGUCAAGUGUAAUAGACAGUCACUGGAUCCAGCCCCACUAACAGGGACAGCGAGUCCUAACGACCCAUCACUCCAUUUUGGAAACGAUGUACUGAAGAGUGGUCUAGCACAGCCACGGUUAGUUCACCCGGUUCUUCCCAUGUGUCAAAUCAGAUAGCGCUCAGUCGCUCACCAUAGAGGCCUAAGGGCUUAUUGGUGCAUCCAUGGGUGGAAUGAAUAGAAGUGGAAAUAGUUAUCGCUCUGUCUGAGAAAAUGAACUCUGAAAACUAGGUUACGUUAUGUCAUACGGCACCAUCUAUUCCUCAUUUGAUAUAUCUAUAUACAUAGAAAUAUUAUACAUGUAUAUACAUAUUUAAGCAUUGACAUAUAUGAAUGUAGAGCAAUGUGUCUAUAAUGUGUAAGUAUCGUUAGUACAUGUGUAUAUCACUCUGGCACUUAUACUGUAGUUCUUAUGUCAACAUUAGAUCACUCAGUCCUCUACUAACUCUUCUACAUUCCUCCUAUAUUCCAAUAUCUGUAUUUAAAGAUGCCUUCAUGCUUUUUCCUCUGCGUUCUGUUGAGGAUAUACAUGGAGAUCAAUGGCGGGAUUGUAGAUCUAUUUUUAUUAGAAUCUAUUGAUUCUGUGACUCAUGCUGAUGACUGACGGGAUGUUCUCUCUAACUCGGAUGCUCUAUGCUCUGACCCCAAGUCACUUCAUAACGCCUUCUAUCAUUGACAAGUCAAGGAGGAGGCUGGUGGGAGGAGCACUAUGAGCAUGGGCUCAUUGUAAUGGCUGGAAUGGAAUGGUAUCAAACAUAUGGAGGUCCGUUGGUUCCAUUCCAGCCAUUACAAUGAGCCCGUCCUCUUAUAGCACCAGCCUCCUCUGUCACACUACUAUUUAUAAGCACCAUCACGCAAACUACACAAAAUUGGAUUUGUUUUCCUAAUUAAUCCAUUUUAAAAACAAAACGAUAUUCCGGAAAGAUCUCUCUAACAUUCCUGUAUGAUCUGGAGACCAACCUAACCUACUGUAGUUACUGAGUACCUUUGUGCCGUCAACUCAAACGUAUUUCAUAGAUUUCCUGUGCCAAGCAGCCUACAGUAGCUGUUUUAUGACUGGCUUUGUUUUCUCUGUCGUGUUCUAUCAGGCCAAUAUACCAUGAGGCUGGUUUCCUACUGACCAACAAUAGACAACAAGACACUGUUGGAGACAUUGAGAUAUCUUUUGUGGGGGGGGGGUGUCAUUCAAAUCUUAUUGAUUACAAAGGAAAGGUUCAGUUAUUUAACCCCUUUGGAGAAUUUCGGUUUAUUGUUCUAAG